AUGAAGUAUCUUGAGUCAUGUGUGAAGACAAGGUACAUUCUCAGAGGUCAAUUGGCAAAAAUUGCACCGUUGGCAAAUGUCAAUAUCCGAGUCAACAUACCUACAGCUAAAGGUUCUUCACAUGACGACUAUGUUGUUGACAAAGACUUACCAUGGUUGAAGAUUGCAAUUGUCCACAACCACUUCAUGUUGAACGAAAGUCUUAUGUUCGGAAAAGGCAAGUGCAACAUUGUCAGAGCUGUAAACAUUCUUUUCGAGAAAGGUUUGUUGGAACCAAUUCCAGAUGACAAGCUGACAGAAACUUUUGUACCAAAAGACGAAACAAACUUUUCACUGUUAGCAAGACCAAAAGUUGUUCCAGACAAAGUUCUAGUACAAAAGAAGUACACAGCUCCAAAAGGAGUUGGAUUGUUCGGAUACCAACCUGAACCAGAAGAACUUCCAAUGAGGUUGCAAGAACUUCAAGAUGCUAUAAACAAACUUCCAUUGAGACAUCCAAUUGACGUCAAAUUGUAUUGGAGAGCAUCUGAGUUAGGUCAGAAGGUUUUAUAUGAAACAGGUUGCUUCGACGAUGUUUAUGAGAUAACAGGAGAAGUUUCUCAGAAGAUAAGAGACUCACUUGAAUUUCCACGAACUGGUCCGAUUGGAUGCGACAAGUUCGACUCAGAUGAAAAGAUAUACUAUGUCGACCUUAACGCUGCGUACAUGAGGUUCGUCCAAUAUAUCCCGACUGGAAUUCCAAACGAAGAUGGUGAGUUCCCGGGAAGGAACUAUACAGUUGGAAAAGUCAUACAACAACUGUAUGAUAUUAGGAAAGCUUCAAACCCCAAACUUGCAAUGACACUCAAAUUGCUUAUGAAUUCGACAUGGGGAUAUUCCAUUAAAAAACCUCAAGAGAUGAAGAGUAAACAUUAUGAGAAGGUCGACAACUUUGUUGAAAGGUUUUCUCCUUUUGUUUUGAAGUACGAAUUCACUCAAGGUCAAAGUGGCUUAGUAACCACAUUAAAACCUAUUGUCGAACAUUGGUCUUACCCUCAGUUCGCAAAGGCAGUCCUUGACAACUACAACAAAUUCUUCUCGGAAGUUAAAUCCAAAGUGAAGGUUUACUAUGAGAACAUUGACGCACUCAUGACGAACGAAGAAGGAUACAACAAACUCAUUGAAAUGGGCAUGGUCGGUGAAAAGAUGGGCUGUUUUAAGCUAGAUAAGGUAUUUUCCGAAGUUCAUGUCCUCUCCAAGCGUAAGUACUGGGGUGUUAAAGAAGACGGCACAGAAAUAAAACAUUGCAUGAAGUAA